AUGUUCUUGAUGAAUUAUACUAGACCUGAUAUAGCUUAUGCUGUUAGUAGAUUGAGCAGGUAUACUCACAAUCCUAAUCGGGAGCACUGGGUUGCCUUGAUUAGAUUGUUGAAGUAUCUAAAAGGCACUACCAAUUGGGGUCUACAUUAUCAAAGGACACCUUGUGUUCUUGAAGGAUUUUGUGAUGCUAAUUGGGUGUCGGAUAAUGAUGAGAUACAAUCUACUAGUGGUUAUGUUUUCACUCUUGCUGGAGGAGCUAUAUCAUGGAAAUCAUCAAAACAAACAUGUCAAGAAGCUGAAUGGAUAAGGAGUUUGCUUGCUGAUAUUCCAUUGUGGGGGAAGCCAGCUCCAUCAGUUUCUAUGCGGUGUGACUCGCAAGCAGCAAUUGGGGUAGCGAAUAAUCAAGCCUAUAAUGGAAAGAGAAGGCAUAUUCGCUUAAGGCAUGCCAUAGUUAGAAAUCUAAUUAGAGAAAAUGUGUUGUCACUCGAGUAUGUAAAAUCAGAGAGGAAUAUUGCUGAUCCUCUCACCAAAGGCCUUUGUAGAAAAAUGCACCGAAAUCGAAGCCGAAGAGGUACUGUUGCGAUGAAGUUAGACAUGAGCAAGGCGUACGACAGAGUUGAAUGGGGCUUUCUACGAAAGUUGCUCCUUACUAUGGGCUUUGACGGGAGAUGGGUAAACCUGAUCAUGGAUUGUGUAUCUUCUGUUUCUUACUCCUUCAUUAUUAAUGGAGGUGUUUGUGGCUCUGUUACUCCUGCUAGAGGUCUUCGUCAAGGUGACCCUCUUUCUCCGUAUCUCUUUAUUAUGAUUGCUGAUGCUUUUUCUAAGAUGAUUCAGAAGAAAGUUCAAGAGAAACAGCUUCAUGGUGCAAAGGCCAGUCGCAGUGGCCCAGAAAUUUCGCAUCUUUUCUUUGCAGAUGACAGUUUACUCUUUACUAGAGCCUCCCGUCAGGAAUGCACUACUAUAGUUGAUAUACUCAACCACUAUGAAUUAGCAUCCGGGCAGAAAAUUAAUUACGAGAAAUCGGAAGUCUCUUUUAGUAAAGGAGUCAGUAUCGGGCAAAGAGAAGAGUUGACGAAUAUUUUAAGCAUGCGGCAGGUUGAUAAUCACGAGAAGUACCUUGGUAUCCCUUCUAUCUCUGGUCGAUCAAAGAAAACUCUUUUUGAUUCUCUUUUGGAUAGAAUUUGGAAGAAACUCCAAGGUUGGAAGGAGAAAUUGCUUUCCAGAGCCGGAAAAGAGGUUUUGCUAAAGUCAGUCAUCCAGGCCAUCCCUACUUAUCUGAUGGGAGUGUACAAACUUCCCUGCUCCAUCAUUCAAAAAAUCCAUUCGGCGAUGGCUCGUUUUUGGUGGGGUAGUUCUGAUUCACAACGCAAAAUUCACUGGAAAAAUUGGGAUUCUAUGUGCACCUUGAAAUGUUUUGGUGGCAUGGGUCUCAAAGAUCUCAGAGUUUUUAACGAUGCACUUUUGGGGAGACAAGCGUGGAGGUUAGUUCGUGAGCCCAACUCUUUAUUUGCUAGAGUUAUGAAGGCUAAGUACUAUGCUAAGUGUGAUUUUCUAGAAGCCCCUCUCGGAUGUUCUAACAGUUAUUCGUGGAGUAGUAUUUGGAGCUCAAAGGCUCUCUUGAAGGAAGGCAUGGUGUGGCGUGUUGGCAAUGGUACUCAGAUCAAAAUAUGGGAUGAUCCAUGGGUCUUGGAUGAUAAUGGGCGAUACAUUACAAGUGAGAAGCAAGGAGAUCUAAGCAUGGUGAGUGAGCUCAUUGAUUUUGACAGAAUGCAGUGGAAGGUGCCUAUGAUUGAAGCUUUAUUUAAUGAAAGAGAUGUAAGUUGCAUACUUGCUACUCCCCUUAGCUCUACGCCUCUGAAAGAUGAGCUAACAUGGGCUUUCACCAAGGAUGCAUGCUACUCGGUGAAGACGGCUUAUAUGCUUGGCAAGGGAGGAAAUCUCGAUAAUUUCCAUCAAGCUUGGCUCGACAUUUGGAGUAUGGAGGUUAGUCCUAAAGUUAAGCAUUUUAUUUGGCGGUUGUGUAGCUACACUCUCCCGGUUCGUGGCUUACUUAAGCACCGCCACAUGAUUGAUGAUGACUUUUGUCCUCGAGGUUGUGGAGAGCCUGAGACCCAAGAACACGCCAUCUUUGGUUGUAAUUUAUUGCGUGAUUAUUGGGUUGAGAGUGGUUGUGAUGAACUGAGAUGCUUGGCCCUCGCUGGCCCAAUGACUGAGGCUAUGAUUAGACAACAUGUUUAG